AACAAGGCACUACCGACCGCCUGAAGAUUCCGUGCGAAGUCUUGAGAAAAGGCCAGUAGAGCGAAGCUGUUCGGUUGAGUUGGAUCUCCGAGUUGAGACUCGGUUUUGGAUACCUUUAUCUUUCCUUUCUUCCUCCUCCUCAUACAGAUACAGUUGCACCCUCGAUCCAUCUAUACCUUAUACUCCCGCAUACAUUUUGAAUAACUUAUAUACUCCGUUCAAGUUUGAGAAUUGCAAAUUGUGUAACCAUUCAUCAUCACAGCGGCGGAGUCAUGGAGACGAACAGUCAAUCCCCCGACUUUGAUUACCUGUUCAAGUUGCUGAUGAUCGGAGACUCCGGCGUCGGGAAGAGCACUCUUCUCCUCAGCUUCACAUCUGAAACCUUCGAGGAUCUCUCCCCCACAAUAGGUGUGGACUUUAAGGUGAAAUAUGAGACUAUUGAAGGGAAAAAGCUGAAGCUGGCAAUCUGGGAUACAGCUGGUCAGGAAAGAUUUAGAACACUUACAAGUUCGUAUUACAGAGGAGCACAAGGGAUCAUCAUGGUUUAUGAUGUAACAAGGCGAGAUACUUUUACCAAUCUUAGUGAGAUUUGGGCCAAAGAGAUCGAUCUUUACUCCACAAAUCAAGAUUGCAUCAGAAUGCUGGUUGGGAACAAAGUUGACAGGGACAACGAAAGGGCUGUAACAAAAAAAGAAGGCAUAGACUUUGCUAGGGAUCGCGGGUGCCUCUUUAUUGAAUGCAGUGCUAAAACACGUGUGAAUGUGCAGCAAUGCUUUCAGGAGCUUCUCCUGAAGAUUCUUGACACUCCAAGCCUUGUGGGUGAGGGCUCAAAGGCCAUCAAAAAGAACAUUUUCAAGGAGAAGCCACCACAGGCCAGUGAUUAUUCAACCAGCAGUUGUUGCUGAUCUUUUUUUUCUUUUCCUUGUUUCUCCCAAUCAACUUUCUUACAAUAUAUUGAUCAUAUUAAUAUAUCUCUGAACUAGUUAAUACUCACUAAACUAUGCACAAAGUUCUGUAUGUAUUAUCAUAUAUUAUAUGGCCUGACAUGUACAAGAAUGUCACUAGUCAAAAUCUGUUAAUGGCAGUUUUGGCAUUUAUCUCUAAUGGCAAAUGCCGACCUUGUCACCGUGAAACGAGAUUUAAAUAAAAAAUUCGCUUGACAUUUGAAAAUGACAACUGCUUAUAAAUAUUAAAUUUACAGACUCUGGAUCGCGACCCAUUUAAAAAAAAAUAUUUUCAGAGUAAUGCGGAAGUACAAAAAUAAUCAAAUCAUGACACAUUUAAAAAAAUCUGAUGAUCAACAUUUGCCUGCCAUCCUUGCAUCUCCUCUGACUCAAUGCCUUCCGGGAGUGGUUCCAUCAUUGUCUUCUUGUUACCUACGUGUAGUCAACGAAAAAUACAAACUACACGCUCAGCGAAACCGCUGAGUGGUACCACGCUAGAAUUGUAGAA